ACGCUCCUUUAGAACAAAAAAAUAUCAAUACGCGUGAGAAACAAGGAUAAAAUAUAGGAACCAAAGGCUAAUUGACAAAUAGUAAUGAAAUUGAGCACAGGCGCGCUUGACAAGUUGAAUAUUGCUACUUGAAACAUCAUUUUUUACCAAUAAUAUUAAAUUUUUUAUCAAAUUUUUAUAAAAUAAUUAUACAUAAUGGGUUGGGGAUUUGUCACCUGUGGUCCAAAUGAAGCACUUGUUGUAUCAGGAUGUUGCUACUCAAAACCCUUACUUGUACCUGGAGGCCGAGCAUUUGUUUGGCCUGCUUUGCAAAAAUGUCAAAGAAUAUCAUUAAACACGAUGACAUUACAAGUGGAAAGUCCUACAGUAUAUACUAGUCAAGGAGUACCCAUUUCAGUCACAGGAAUAGCACAAGUAAAAAUUCAAGGACAAAAUGAAGAAAUGCUUUUGGCAGCAUGUGAACAAUUUUUGGGAAAAAGUGAAAAUGAAAUACAAAAUAUUGCAUUAGUGACCUUGGAAGGGCAUCAAAGAGCUAUUAUGGGUUCGAUGACAGUCGAAGAAAUAUAUAAAGAUCGAAAAAAAUUUAGCAAGAAUGUAUUUGAAGUAGCAUCAUCUGAUUUAGUGAACAUGGGUAUUACAGUUGUUUCAUACACGUUGAAGGAUAUUCGAGACGAAGAGGGUGCCAAGGGAUACUUACAAAGCUUGGGUAUGGCAAGAACAGCUGAAGUUAAACGUGAUGCUCGCAUUGGUGAAGCAGAAGCACGUGCCGAUGCUAAAAUCAAAGAAGCUAUGGCUGAACAACAACGUAUGGCAGCAUUGUAUUUGAAUAAUACAGAAAUUGCAAAAGCACAAAGAGAUUUUGAAUUAAAAAAAGCUGCGUACGAUGUUGAAGUACAAACUAAAAAAGCCGAAGCAGAAUUGGCAUAUCAAUUACAAGCAGCCAAAACGAAACAAAGAAUUAAAGAAGAACAAAUGCAAAUCAAAGUGGUUGAACGUACACAAGAAAUUUCUGUUCAAGAACAAGAAAUGCAACGUCGUGAACGUGAAUUAGAUGCGACUGUGCGACGACCUGCCGAAGCAGAAAAAUUCCGACUCGAGAAAAUAGCUGAAGCAAAUCGUAAUCGUGUAAUUUUAGAAGCUGAAGCUGAGGCUGAAGCAAUUCGACUAAAAGGUGCAGCUGAAGCAUUUGCUAUUGAAGCGAAAGCUAAAGCUGACGCUGAGCAAAUGUCGAAAAAAGCAGAAGCUUGGAAAGAAUAUAAAGAAGCUGCUAUGAUUGACAUGUUAUUAGACACACUACCUAAGGUUGCUGCAGAAGUUGCAGCUCCAUUAUCGCAAGCAAAGAAAAUAACGAUGGUGUCUAGUGGAAGUGGAGACAUUGGUGCUGCAAAAUUAACUGGCGAAGUGCUUACAAUUGUCACAAAAGUUCCAGAUCUUGUGAAAUCCAUCACCGGAGUAGAUAUUUUAAAGUCCGUACAUGCUGCUGCAUAGAUGAAUUUGUUUGGCGAAUUUCAUACAAAAUGGUGACUAUAUGAAAAUAAAAAUGCAUAAACAUUUUUGUGGAAUGUAAUGUUGCCUCUCCUUGACCAUUUUAAAAAUAAAUAUUUAGG